GUGUUCUAGUGGUAAAUGUUACGUGGCGGAACAAGACUUACGUGGGAACACUGCUGGACUGCACAAAGCAUGACUGGGCCCCUCCUAGGUUUUGUGAAUCGCCAACAAGUGACCUGGAAAUGCGUGGAGGACGGGGCAGGGGAAAACGGGCAAGGUCAGCCGCAGCUGCAGCUGUACCCGGGAAUGAUGCGAGUUUUGCAGAGUCUAGAGGGCUUCAGAAUAAGAAUCGAGGUGGUGCCAAUGGGAAGGGGAGGAGGGGCAGCCUUAACUCAAGUGGGCGCAGGACACCCCCAAACUGCGCCAUGGAUGAAGUCAAAGCCAGCCCCUCAUCCACAAACAAGAGGAAAACCAAGCCUCCAAUGGAGCUAGAUUUGAACUCCAGUUCGGAGGACAAUAAAUGUGGAAAACGUGUUCGUACUAACUCUAGAAGCACUCCUACCACCCCACAGGGGAAACCUGAGACUACUUUUUUGGACCAAGGCUGCUCUUCUCCAGUGCUGAUUGACUGUCCUCACCCCAACUGCAACAAAAAGUACAAGCACAUUAAUGGACUACGAUACCAUCAGGCUCAUGCACAUUUAGACCCAGAAAACAAACUGGAGUUUGAGCCUGACAGUGAAGACAAAAUUUCAGACUGUGAGGAAGCAUUGAGUAAUGUGGCACUUGAAUGCAAUGAGCCAAGCACAAAUUUGCCAGGCUUUGAUCCACUGAAAGCACCGAUGUCUCCUUCCUCCAUCACUACCCCAGGGACCCCCAAGGGAAAAAGGGAACUGACCAGCAACGGCCCCGGUUCAGUUAUCAGUUCCAAAACUGGCAAGAAUUCUGGCAAAAAGAAGGGUCUGAACAGUGAAUUGAACAGCCUUCCCGUAAUUUCUAAUAUGGCAGCCACACUGGAUAAUUGCUCUGUAACAGAGGGCAAUUUGCAAACUGAAAUGCCAAAAUUGGAGGCUGAAGGGUUAAUCGACAAGAAGAGUUUGGGUGAUAAAGGCAAGAAAGCGAACAAUUGCAAAGUGGAUAAAAACCUUUCCAAACUGAAAACAGCCAGGCCCAUUGCCCCAGCUCCAGCACCAACUCCUCCCCAAUUAAUAGCUAUACCUACUACAGCCUUUACAACCACCACUACAGGGACAAUACCGGGACUGCCCUCUCUAACAACUACUAUUGUUCAGGCUACACCAAAGAGCCCUCCGCUAAAACCUAUUCAACCAAAGCCCACAAUUAUGGGAGAGCCAAGCACUGUAAACCCAGCUCUCACGUCACUCAAAGACAAAAAGAAAAAGGAGAAACGAAAGCUGAAGGACAAAGAAAGCAAAGAGACGGGAAGCCCCAAGAUGGAUUCUAAGCUGGGAAAGCUGGAGGAUUCAAAAGGGUCUGGGAAGGACUUAUCUGGACAUUUUUUAAAGGACCAUCUCAACAAGAAUGAAGUGCUAGCUAAUGGACUGUCAGAGUCUCAAGAGAGCAGGAUGGCAAGUAUUAAGGCUGAAGCUGAUAAGGUUUACACAUUCACAGACAAUGCGCCCAGCCCUUCCAUAGGGAGUGCCUCCAGGAUGGAAUGCAGCACUUUGGUGAAUGGACAAUCUGCCAUGGCGCCACUGCACGUGUUGACGCAAAACGGUGCAGAUAGCACGGCUGCUAAAACCAACAGCCCUGCUUACUCGGAUAUUUCUGAUGCGGCUGAUGAUGGUGGCUCUGACAGCAGGUCAGAGGGCAUGAGGUCAAAGGCCAGUUCUCCGUCAGAUAUUAUUUCUAAUAAGGAUGGUGUUGGAAAAGGACAUUCUUCAACCACAGCACAAUCAGCUCAAGCGAAAGAGUCCCUUUCUCCCUAUUACCAUGGCUACGAUCCUUAUUAUUCCCCAAGUUACAUGCACUCUGGACAGGUCAGUGCCCCAGCAGCUGGGAACAGCAGUACCCCACAGGGACUGAAGAUCAAAAAAGAGACUGAGGAAGAGGCUGAAAAGAAAGAAAAGGCAGAACCAUCAGAUGGCAAGAAAAGCGAAAGCACUUCCACUAAUUUGCAGCCACAACAUCAGUCAGUAAUAACACAAAGACACCCUGCACUUGCUCAGUCACUUUAUUAUGGACAGUAUGCCUAUGGGCUCUAUAUGGACCAAAAGUCUUUAAUGGCCUCUAACCCUGCUUACAGGCAGCAGUAUGAAAAAUACUAUGAGGACCAGAGACUAGCAGAACAGAAAAUGGCACAAACUGGGAGGGACUGUGAAAGGAAGAAUGACCCUCCCAUGAAGGAGAUUGGGAAGGAUGACAAUAAGCAGAAGAAUAUUCCAUCUGCCACUGUCUCAAAGGCCCCUUCAACUCCAGAGUCCAGCAAAAAUAACACUAAAAUAGGGCCAUCAGUCCCUAACAAAGGUGAGGAGACAAGCAAAUCACAGAUCCUUUCCAAUCACCAGCAGCAGCUUCAGUCUGACAGUUUCAAAGCCAAACAAAUGGAAAACCACCAGCUUAUUAAGGAGGCUGUGGAGAUGAAAUCUGUUAUGGACUCCAUGAAGCAAACGGGAGUAGAUCCAACCACAAGGUUUAAGCAGGAUCCAGAUUCACGAACAUGGCAUCAUUAUGUCUAUCAGCCCAAAUACCUUGAUCAGCAAAAAUCAGAAGAACUUGAUCGUGAGAAAAAGCUAAAAGAAGACAGCCCUAGAAAAACACCUAACAAGGAAAGUUCCCUGCCUAACCUUCCUGUCUCAUUAGCAAGCAUUAAAGAGGAGCCUAAAGAGGUCAAGCGUUCUGAUUCUCAAUCAGUGGAUGAGAGCAAGAUAAAAAAUGAUGAUCGAAAGACUCCUGUAAAUUGGAAGGACUCUCGGGGUGCUAGAGUAGCAGUUUCCUCACCAAUGAGUCAGCAUCAGUCAUAUAUCCAGUACUUGCAUGCUUAUCCUUAUCCACAGAUGUACGACCCCAACCAUCCAGCCUAUCGCGCAGUCUCUCCUGUCCUAAUGCACAGCUAUCCUGGGGCCUAUCUCUCUCCAGGAUUUCAUUAUCCAGUUUAUGGGAAGAUGUCAGGGAGAGAAGAGGCAGAUAAAGUCAAUACCAGCCCGAGCAUCAAUGCGAAAUCAACCACUGAGUCCAAAGCACUGGAUUUGCUCCAGCAGCAUGCCAACCAGUAUCGCAGCAAGUCCCCUGUUCCUGUGGAAAAAUCAGCAGCUGAGCGUGAACGGGAAGCAGAAAGGGAACGAGACCGUCAUUCUCCUUUUAGCCAGCGGCAUCUCCAUACGCACCAUCACACACAUGUUGGAAUGGGUUACCCCCUUAUACCUGGACAAUAUGACCCAUUUCAAGGAUUGACCUCAGCUGCCCUUGUUGCCACUCAGCAGGUGGCUGCGCAGGCAUCUGCAUCUGGUAUGUUUCCUGCACAAAGAAGAGAAUAAUGAGUUUGGAGAUAUACAUUGUCAUGUGACUGGAUCACA